UUCUACGACCUUUUUUGUAGCUUGAUCUUGCCGUGCCCCCAUUUCUGACUGUUUGCUUUUUCCUUCAUAAACAAAAAUUCCCUCUCCAAUGUUGUAUCGUCUGCAACUGUAUUUGUUUGUUUCUCAGUGUGCUCGAGAACGACUAUUGCUUGUGGUGUUAUACACAAGAAACAUUGCCGGUGGAAAAAUUGACAAUUCAUGUCAAAAAACUUUGCGUGAGGUAAAAGUACCCCAACCAUUGAGCUCCUUCCAGAUAAGUUGUGGUUUAGCCAAGGAAGUUAUCAUGGCAGGAGCUGUAACUCUGCCAAAUUCCUGCGACAGUAGGAACGACGGUGCGAAGUUGCCAACAGUGCUCAUUGUGUUGGGGAUGGCCGGGAGCGGCAAAACGAGCUGGGUUCAACGGGUGACAGCUCAUCUUUAUGCCCAAAAGCGACGUCCGUACGUGAUAAACCUUGACCCGGCUUGUCAUGAGGUGCCGUAUCCAGUCAAUGUUGACAUCCGGGACACUGUUAAAUAUAAAGAAGUGAUGAAACAGUAUAAACUCGGGCCCAACGGUGCAAUUGUCACAUCUCUGAAUUUAUUCUCGACAAGAUUCGACCAGGUCAUCGAGCUAUUGCAGAAACGUUCAUCAGAGCAUGACAUCGUCCUUGUUGAUACGCCAGGACAGAUCGAGGUCUUCACAUGGAGCGCUUCGGGAGAUAUCAUUACGCGAGCCUUAGCUUCGGCUUUUCCCACCGUUCUGAUAUAUGUCAUGGAUGUAGUCCGAUCAACAAAGCCAGUGACUUUCAUGUCGAACAUGCUUUACGCUUGCUCCAUUCUAUAUAAGACUCGGUUACCGUUCAUUAUUGCAAUGAACAAGGUCGAUGUCGUCUCACAUAGCUAUGCUCAAGAAUGGAUGCGUGAUGGUGAGGCGUUUGAAACGUCACUUCGUCAAGAAACUUCAUACAUCUCUACAUUGGCCUCAUCACUUGGCCUUGUUCUCGAUGAAUUCUACAAAAAUAUUAAAUCCGUCGGAUGCUCGGCUGUGUCGGGAUUUGGCUGUGAUGAGUUCUUCCAUGCGGUUGACGAAGCUCAAAUUGAAUAUGAGACUGAAUACAAACCUGAAUAUGACCGGAUGAUGAAGGAAGAGAACCAACGACUUGAGCAAGAGAAAAAGGAUUUUCUGAACAAAAUAUCCUCUGGCGACUCAGUCCUGAGUAACGUAGAUGCCAUCCCGGAGAAGGAACCUGGUAGUGAGAUACUAAUUCGUCCGAGCUAUGGCCUGGACCUUGAAGAACCCGAUUCUGAAGAAGAUAUUGCCCACGAGCAGGAAGAAAGUAACGAUGAGCAAAAAGAAUAUGAGUCGUUUAAGAGCUUUCUUGCUAAAGAGAAAAAUAAAAGAACAAAAAGAAUAUGCAAAAACACACAAUGAGUACGCUGUACUCGUUGUGCCAUGCAAUCUUCAAAGAAAGGGCUAAUCUAUAAGAAAAUAGGAGAAACUGGCGUCUGUGAUUCAAUGGGCAAACGUGCUGUAUAUAGCAAAUCUUGUGAUCAACCUUAUAAAUAGUUCAAUCAAGUUUUGAUGGACAGUCUAAGAAAAUUAAGCUUUGUGUCAUUCAAAAAACGUUAGGUUCUUUGAUAUUAAACUAAUUAUUAUAUUGCUAACUAUUAUUGGGCAUGAUUUCUUAUCACCGUUAUACAGGAAGGCGGCAAUACACUAAAAAGACACUGAAAUAAAGCUCACUGAAAUAGACCAUAAAUAGGCGGAAAGUCCGAAAGAUAUUUUACAAUGUCAUGAACAUUAUAGAAUAUUUUUCGUGUUAACGCUGUGCUCCCAACAGCAGGUUGAGUUGUAUAUUUUUUGUAAGAAGGCAC